AAACGCACAUUCUUGAAAGCAACUCUAUUCACCCCCCCUCUAGAGUUGCACAUUUGUAUAACAAUUGGUACCGGAGCAGGAAGUUUUUCGAAUACAUUAUUUUUUCAGGAACUAAAAGAUCAAAUGGCAUCAAGAAUGUUCAACGCAGGAGUGACCGAGGGGCAAUCAACCACGAGGCCACCUUUGUUCGAUGGAACAAACUACUCGUAUUGGAAGGAGAGGAUGAGAAUCUUUAUCCAAUCCAACGACUACAAGCUGUGGUUGAUUGUGAAGAACGGCUGCGGAGUUCUGAUGAAGAAAGUCGGUGAAGUCAUCGUCCCUAAAACCGAAGAGGAGUUCACCGACGAAGAUUGCAAAAAGAUGGUGCUCAACGCAAAGGCAAUAAACAUGAUUUAUUGCAGUGUUAAUGCGGAUGACUACCGCAAAAUCUCGCGGUGUGAAACCGCAAAACAAAUGUGGGAGAAAUUGGAGGUCACCUACGAAGGAACCGCGCAGGUUCGGGAGGCCAAAAUCGACCAUCUCACCCACGAGUACGAACUCUUCUCAAUGAAGGAAAACGAGAAGAUUGAGGAAAUGUUUGAGAGAUUCUCUAACAUCAUUAAUUGUCUCAAUCUUCUCGGGGAGACUUACACCGACCGAGAACUUGUAAGAAAGGAACUAAAAGAUCAAAUGGCUUCGAGAAUGUUCAACGCGGGAGUUAACGAGGGACAAUCAACCACGAGGCCACCGUUGUUCGAUGGAACCAACUACUCGUAUUGGAAGGAGAGGAUGAGAAUCUUUAUCCAAUCCAACGACUACAAGCUGUGGUUGAUUGUGAAGAACGGCUGCAGAGUCCCGAUGAAGAAAGUCGGUGAAGUCAAUGUUCCCAAAACCGAAGAGGAGUUCACCGACGAAGAUUGCAAAAAGAUGGAGCUCAACGCAAAGGCAAUAAACAUGAUUUAUUGCGGUGUUAACGCGGAUGACUACCGCAAAAUCUUGCGGUGUGAAACCGCAAAACAAAUGUGGGAAAAAUUGGAGGUCACCUACGAAGGAACUGCGCAGGUUUGGGAUGCCAAAAUUGACCAUCUCACUCACGAGUAUGAACUCUUUUCAAUGAAGGAAAAUGAGAAGAUUGAGGAAAUGUUUGAGAGGUUCUCUAACAUCAUGAAUCCUCACAAUCUUCUCGGGAAGACAUACACCGACCGAGAGCUCAUGAGAAAGGUGCUGCGAAGCCUAUCCUCUAAAUGGCGUUCAAAGGUGGACGCAAUCGAAGAAAGUCGUGACUUCCUUCGAGGUAAUCUUAUUACCUAUGAAACCACCCAACUCUCAAAGGUGGUUGAAGAGAGGAACAAAAGGUCUAUUGCUCUACCCGCAACAACAUCAACCCACAACAACGUUGAUGAUGAAGAUGAUGACAGUGACGACACCGACCUCAGACUCUUUGUCCGAAAAUUCAAGAAGAUGAUGCUAAAGAAGGGAGCCAAGAAGAACACUCCACCCAAAUGCUAUGGGUGUGGUGAAAUUGGACACAUCAAACCAAUGUGCCCAGAGCUCAAGAACGAGAAGGACAAGAGGGAACCGAAGAAGCAACGUGCUUACAUUUCUUGGGAGAACGACGGCUCCGGGAGUGAAGACUCAGAAACAGAGGAAGUGGCCAACUUGUGUCUCAUGGCCAUUGAAGAUAGUGAUACAUCAAAAGAGGUAAGUGAUCUAGAACCUUCUCCCAAUGAUCCUUUAACUCUUAAUGAUGUUGUUUGCAUUGUAGAAGAUUUGGUUAGUGUUGCACUCCCCACCACCGAAGCGGAAUAUGUCGCUGCGGGAAGUUGUUGUGCCCAAAUUCUUUGGCUAAAACAGCAACUAGUGGAUUUCGGCCUUAUACUUGAUCACAUCCCAAUUAGAGGGAAGAUGCCAAGGUGCAAGAACGCUUCAUCGCGUCAAGAAUCGGCGGUAGAAGAAGGUGAGAGGCCAUGGCGUCGUGAAGGGAGCAAGUACAUCCACAUCCAAACCGGACUCGCCUUCAACACCGGGGCUUCAGCCGAGAGGUUCCACAACACCUUUCUCAUGAAGGAGAUCGUCUCACCGAAGAUUGUGAACAAGGACCUCUUCAAAUCGGCGACCUAUGCCCCGAGUAAGUCUCUUUUCUCUCAGCAAGACCUUACUCGGGACACUCAGGUGCUGGUCAAGAAGACUUGUUUCAUCACUGAAGCCAAGUUUUUCCGGAUCGUGUACCGUGAGGAGGGCGAUGCUGCACCAAAUCUGGACCUGAUAGUCGCAGACGAAGAAGAGAGGCAAAACGAGACUCAAGCUGAGUCAUCUCGUGCUGGAGGAAGUCGAGCCACGGAGCGCGUCACUCUACUCCGCUCCAAUCUUUACGAGGCCACUAUAGCCAAGGCACUCCGCGUCAAGAUAGUGGACACGGGAAGGGCGCACCUCAAGAAUUUCCCUUUUGGAAAAGAUGUGGGUUUAGGUGAAGGGCAAUCCACCACAAGGCCUCCGUUGUUUGACGGAACGAACUACACCUAUUGGAAGGAGCGGAUGAGGAUUUACAUCCAAUCCACCAAUUUUCUCCUUUGGAGAAUUAUCAAGAAUGCUGAAGACGUGCCAAUGAAGAAGGUCGGGGAAACCAACGUUCCUAAGACCGAGAACGAAUAUGAUGCACAAGACAUCAAGAAAGUGGAAAACAACGCCAAGGCCAUCAAUAUCAUCUAUUGUUCCGUAAACCCGGAUGACUACCGGAAGAUAUCUUGUUGCACCACCGCAAAGGAAAUGUGGGAUAAACUAGAAAUCACCUACGAAGGUACGGAUAAAGUCCGAGAAGCUAAAAUUGAUUUUCUAACCCAUGAAUAUGAAUUGUUUCGUAUGAAGGAGAAUGAGAAAAUCGAUGAGAUGUUUGAACGAUUCUCCAAAAUCGUCAACGAUCUCCAUGCUCUCAAGAAGACGUACACGGACAAGGAGCUU